UCCUUCUGCUCUGGCUCGGAGGACACUGUGGGAGGAAGGGCAGUGAGAAGGAGCCCAAGGUCUAGCUAAUUCCCCUGGGCCCUCCUGUGUCGGCUGCCUUUAAAAGGGAGGGGUCUGGCUUUCAGGAGCCAGAGAAGCGCUGGGCCAGGGGAGGAAGGAGAUGGCAGAGGCCGGGUCCCUGCCUACAGGCUUCGGGGAGCUGGAGGUGCUGGCUGUGGGGGUGGUGCUGCUGGUGGAAGCUCUCGCCGGCCUCAGCCUCAAUAGCCUGACUGUCCUCUCCUUUUGCACGAGCCCGGAGCUCCGGACCCCGAGCCACCUGCUGGUGCUGAGCCUGGCCCUGGCGGACAGCGGGGUCAGCCUGAACACUCUCACCGGAGCCACAUCCAGCCUCCUCCGGUCACUGUGCCCAUGUCUCCGCAGGCGUUGGCCCUACGGCUCAGGUGGCUGCCAGGCUCACGGCUUCCAGGGCUUCGCAGCCGCGCUGGCCAGCAUCUGCAGCAGUGCAGCCGUCGCCUGGGGGCGCUACCAUCACUACUGUACCCGCAGCCGAUUGGCAUGGAGCACGGCGGGCUCCUUGGUGCUCUUCGUGUGGCUGUCUUCGGCCUUCUGGGCAGCACUGCCCCUCCUGGGCUGGGGCCACUAUGACUACGAGCCCCUGGGGACCUGCUGCAGCCUGGGCUACCCCAGGGGAGACAGAAACUCCACCAGCUUCCUCUUCAUCAUGGCCUUUUUCAACUUCCUCCUGCCCCUCUUUAUCACACUCACGUCCUAUCGGCUCAUGGAACAAAAACUCAGGAGGACUGGGCCCCCCCAGGUGAACACAACUCUGCCAGCCAGAACACUGCUGCUCGGCUGGGGCCCCUAUGCCCUCCUGCACCUCUGCGCAGCUCUCGCGGGCACGGCCCUUAUCCCCCCCAGGCUGCAGGUGGUGCCUGCUCUCAUUGCCAAAAUGGUGCCCACAGUCAACGCUGUGAACUACGCCCUGGGCAGUGGAAUCUGGCAGUGCCUGUCCCUGCAGCGAAGUGGGUGGGACUCGGCCCAGCGAGCUGCUCGGGUGCUGCGCUGACCAGGCCCCCACACCUGGACGGAGCCUGGGCUGGGUGCUGCCCGUGGGUCCUAACCAGCAGGCUCAGAGCCAAGCUCCAGACAUGCAUCCUCCAGUCCUAACAGCCAUGAACCAGCCGCGCUGGACACUGUAGGAAGCGGCUCUAGGGUCAGGCCUGGGGCUGACCUGGGCAGGACCACAAACAACUCCCAGCCUGGAGGACAGAGCUCUCCCAGCAUAAUUAAGCCUGACCUUGCAGCCCUCCCUAAUUCCUUCCUAAGUAGCUAAUGGGCUGUGGGAGGUAAAGCAAGUGCUGC